ACCGCGAAGAUAAACAGCGCCUGAAAGAUUUCUAGACCGUUAUCACUCACGCCGCCUGCCUCACGUUCACAGCACUAUUGACACAGAUUGCUCCACAAUCUCGCCUGCGACGGACGUGUUCUCUUAUCACCAAGACACAAAGUUCAAAAUAGCAUCAAAACAACGCUGGAACAAGAGAAAUCUUUAACUCUAGAUAGCGACGAGCGGUUUAGAAUUUAUUUCCUGCUGAUUAGAGCUUGUUUUCCAAUGUAAAUAAAAAGCUUCUCAGUAUCGUUGGAAUUAAAGCCGAAGUGCACUGACUUUAAGUCGUUAUUCGAUUGAAGGUGAUAGGUAAAUAGUGCUGUGAAAAUAGUUAUAAAAGGAGUUGAAUGAAAAUAAUACCUCUUUUGUUAUUUUAUAAAUAAGUGCUGUGAUAUUAUUUAAAAUGGUGUAUACAAUAAAAAGUCAUGAUGUGGAAAUAAAUAAGGAUGUUAGCAAAGGAAGUGUUUGGAAAGAACUACUGUUUUCUUUUAUAGCCAGCAUUCCAUUCUUCACCCAAGGAAUUGAAGCUGACGCACUAACAUCGACCGUGCACGCUGGCAACUUCGGGUCCCAGGCACCUGGCGCCCACGUGCCCGGCACCCAGGUGACAUGGGGGACCACGGCGUACGUGCUGGCGGCCGCGGCGGCGGCGCCGGUGCUGUGUUGCGUGAUAGAGAGGUUCGGGCGGAAGGUCGGCAUAUUCAUCGUCAGUUUAGUGCAAGGGAUAUCCUGCAUACCCCUUCUUCUGGACGUCAAUGAAAUCAACAUCAUAGCUCUACACAUACUAGCUGGUAUAUCAUCAGGUGGCCUGUAUACCAUCUUCCCGAUUUACAUCCGAGAAAUCAGUUCCAUACAAAACAGAGGGUUCGCUCUCUCUCUGUUCAUGCCAAUGACGGCAGCGGGGUAUCUGAUGAGACUGGUUACGGAUUUGGACGAGCUGAUGUUUAUGAUGGUGGCUCUUGUGGUGGUUCAAUUGAUCACGGUGUUCUGUCUGGUGGAGUCCCCGAGUUAUUUGGUCAUGAAAGGGAAUCAUGAGCGAGCAAAACUAACAGUGUCUAGAUUAAAAUGCCUGCCGCUUGAGCACCCGACCGUGUUACAAGAAGUCGCAAGCUUGAAGGAUGAAAGCGACCGGGCGAGAGCUGCGGGGAAAUUGCAUACGAUAACAAUAAUUAAAAACCCGAUAUGGCGCGACACUACAAAAAUCGGCCUGGUCCUGCACAGCACCAUGAUCCUGAGUGGCAGUAUCAUCUUCUUGGAUCAGCACAAGACUCUGGUUCAGCUGGGGUCACCGGCAGAUCCUGACAGGGUGCUCACGCUGGCUUGCUUCUGCGCUGGCAGUUUGCUAUGUACAGUUGUCAUACGAGUAAUGGAAAGAAAUUACCUCCUAACCAGCGCAUUCUUCGUGAUGGCCGUGUCAAUGGGCACGCUGGCGGUGUAUACGCAGGCCGAUCUGACGGUGUACACGUUCCGUUGGGUACCCGUGGCCGCGCUCGGCGUACUCGUAGCAGCGUACGGCGUGGUUUGGGGGCUACCCGCGCUUGUGAUAACGGAGCUAUUUAACUGUGAGAUCCGAUCACACCAGCUAGCCCUCCUGUACGUGUACUCCCAGCUCAUAAAACUGGCGCACGUGUACUCCUUCCCUCAUAUCGAGGCCUACAUGGGCGUGUACACCAUGUUCUAUAUGUUCGUCGGCGUCAACCUGUUUGGGGCGGUGUACUGCUUGUUCCAUAUACCGCAGCUCAAGAACAAGACGACCAGACAGAUCGAAAGGCAACUGAAGAGAGUACCGCUUUUGAAGAUGUAAACUAGUAAUAGGGCGCUACAGUUAUUGGCCAAAACAUAGUUGACGCUGUAUCUGUCAAUUUUCUUGGUAGAAUGUGUGACGGAUUGCACGUCAUAAUCGCGGCAGUAAUGCGGCGGCGAACGUCAAGAAAAUUCACAUAUACAGUGGCCGCGUGCAAUCUAAAUGUCACCUUUACUCUGCAGCGUUUCAGGUGCAGCGUCAUACGUCACUAUGGCGUCAGGGGGCCUCCCGCGAAACACGAAACUCGAAAAUUUCGUUACCCACUCUUGCAUAUUCGAGCGAUAAAUUUUGAGUUUCGUGCUUCGAGGUAAGUAAGUAAGUAAGUAAGUAAUCAUUUAUUGAUAGAUUGUAGGCCCUCGCAUGUUACUAUCGAUUUUUUAAGGUUCCGUACCCAAAAGGUAAAAACGGGACCUUAUUACUAACUCCUCUGUCCGUCUGUCUGUCUGUCUGUCACCAGGCUGUACCUAUCUCAUGAACCGUGAUAGCUAGACAGUUGAAAUUUUCACAGAUGAUGUAUUUCUGUUGCCGCUGUAAUAACAAAUACUGAAAACAGAAUUAAAUAAAUAUUUAAGUGGGGCUCCCAUACAACAAACGUGAUUUUUUUGCCGUUUUUUGCUUAAUGGUACGGAACCCUUCGUGCGUGAUUCCGACUAGCACUUGGCCGGUUUUUUGAGAUUGCAAUGCUGUCAUUGGAGCAUUCCUGUAGUGAAUUAGAACGUUCAAUGCCCCACUAUUUUUAUCAAAAAGUUUGAAAGAGACUGCCGCUACAUGCAGCCAGGCCCAUAUACAUUUGUGUCGGAUAUACAUAUGAUCAUAGAGUAACUUAUACUAGAGCGGUACUGUCAUAGUAAAUUUUGUAACCCCAGUAAAUUCACUGCCAUCUGUCGACACACUUUAAAACUAAAAAUAAAUAUUUAUAAAAAUACGAUAAAGUGUAUUUAAAUAUGGAUAAAUGUUUUUUUUUUAUUUGCAUUAAUUAUUUUUAUGAUUUUGACCCAUGUUCUUUCACUGAUAUGCGUUAAAAUUGUUAAAUAACAAACGAAACCGUCAACGCGAUCUAUACGACUGUAGGCCAAAACUAGUAGCGCCCUCUGAACGAGAAUCAAAUUUUCUUGAUUUUCGAGGCACGUUUUUUCCUUAGACUGUAUCCAUCUAUUACGGAGUUAUAUCUAUCUUUGAUAUGAUAUAAGUGUACAAUUAUAAAUGGAACGAAUACUUAAGUAAAUUCAGUAUAUGCUAACUUCGAACUGACGAACAGGACAUAAAUGUAAUAUUAAUGAUGACAGUUCCAUACUUUGUCAUUGUAAAUACCAUGGAGAGUUUUGUCCGACUCUACCAAUCCUAUGGUCCCCUUUUAAACGGAACGACUCACAUAAAGUUGUUGAAUGAUUUAAUGCAAAAAAUACCGCAAUUAGGAUGUGAAUCGUUUAGAUGUAGUAAACUUUUGAUUAUAAAUACCUAAGUUGAAUCUAUGUUGAAUCAGUUGAAUGCUUAAAACAGUUAACGUAGGUACCUAUAAAGUAAUGGACUUAAAAGCAUGGUUAAUUAAACUAAUGGUGGCAUGACAUGAAUAUAAAAGUUUGUAUUAAUGGUUAUAGCAUAGCUAAGCUUCUAAAAAAUACUUGUAAAUAUCUAAUAAAUAACCUGAUUUUUUAA